AGCCCUUCGUGUUAUUAACAUAGUAAUAACAGUAAAGCUGACUGUUAGAGGAAUUUCACUUGAUUGUUAUCGAUAGGCGAUUAUUAUAUGUAAAUUUCCCGGCUAAAACAUUAGUAAACAAAACAUUUUAAUGAAAAAUGCAUGAUUUUACAAUAUAAACAAUGGAAGCCUCAUCUUUGGAACAUCACAAUCGCCUGGAAUACUGCGUUACAAGAUUACCAUAUCGCCAGGGUCGGGAAUUAAAAGCUGUAAAGGUUUAUACAGUGGCUAGUGAGUCCCGGCACUUGCUUAUUUUCGGCGUGCCUAAAAUAAACCUGCAAGCUGAUCUAAAGACUAAACUACAGGGUUUUGGAAAACUUCAAUCUUGCAUUAGCAUAACUUCAGAGAUGGCUUCUAAAAUGGAGCUAGAAGCCUUUACGGAUGUGUUUGCCGUCAAAUUUGAACGUCUGGAGGUGGCCAGAAGAGUCAAAAAGAUGCUCGAUGCCCGUCAGUUCUAUGGCGGCAUCUUACACAUAUCCUAUGCUCCAGAGCGGGAAUCCAUUGAAGAGCUUCGGGAGAAAAUGCUCCAGCGCCGACAGGAGGUGGCCCUCCGCAUCCGGCGAAACCAGAGAGACGAACCUCCAGUGCCGAAAAAGAGCCGUGAGGCCAAAUGAUUCA